CACAAGCUCGAUCAGGGGCUGUGGAGACUGUUGCCCUCAGGCGCGGAUUGGACCAUCUACUUGACAACGGCCUACAUGUGGAGGUCUUGGCAACUGAUCGUUCCACGAGUGUCAAGAAAAUAAUGCGCGAGGAAUAUGAAGAGGUCGAUCAUCAAUUUGAUAUUUGGCACACUGCGAAGAAUAUCCAAAGCAAAUUGAUAUCCAAGUCCAAGAAGAGGGGAUGUGCAGCAUUGAAACCUUGGAUGCGCUCAGUCCGGAACCAUCUCUGGUACUCUGCUGCCAAGGCAAAAGGAAAUGUAGAGACACUGAAGUCGACGUGGAAUUCAAUUCUGCACCACAUAAUCGACGAACAUACAUGGACUGAAGGAGGGACUGAGCGUAGCUGUCAUCACCCACCUCUCACCGAUGAAGACCGGGAGAAAAAAAUGUGGCUGUGUAAGGACAGUGAAGCAUAUCAGGAGCUGGCUAGAAUAGUCCUGAACACAACACUCCAGAAGGACCUAGAACACAUGGGGCGUUUCAAACACACAGGUGCCUUGGAAGUAUUCCACAGUUCCCUCUUGAAAUAUGCUCCAAAGAGACAGUGCUUUUCCUACCAGAGUAUGAAGCAGAGAACAAACUUGGCCAUCAUGCAUCACAAUGAGAACCUGACUCAGAAACCAAAGCUGGACUCAGAAGGAAAACCUGUGAUCGUUCAAGAAUGGAGCAAGCGUUCAAAAGAAUGGGUCACAAGAAAGAGGUAUCAGCAAAACACAGUCAACUUUAGAACAAAAUUGAUGCAGUUGCUGUUGGAGAGGAGGAAUGAUCCUACAGUCAUCUUCAGGGACACAUCUUCAACUCUUCUAUAACCUGACCUGCCUGCUAACAUAGGAACACUCCCCAAACCAUCCAAAGAUGAUGCUGCCCGGAAACACAAGAGUCGUUUUGCUAAAUGAGUAACUCAGUGUCAGUGUCUAUUUAUAUUGUAUCUGUACUUUCUGUACUUUUUUACUGUAUCUGUACUGUAAAAAAAGUCUUGUGAUUCUCUCAUUACAGUUUGCUAAUGCAUCAAUGGCCUGUGUCAUUACUUUCACAACAGCUAGUAUUGUUA